AUGGAAGGUUCAAGUUCAGGGUCCAAAAUAAAGCGAGUUUUGGUGCCAAAUCCAAGGAAAAGAUUUAGGAGAAACUCUUUGGAAACAAAUAAUAAUGAUGAAUCCAAUAAUUCUACUGUUUAUCUUCCUAUUGAAAUUGUUGAUAGGAUUUUCACUUUUUUACCUAUCGAAUCUGCUAUUACUUCUUCUUCUCUUGUUGCUAAACCAUAUAGACAUUCAUGGUUAUAUUCUCGUAAUCUUUGUUUUGAUAAAGAUUUUAGGCGACGUUGUCGAGCGGGACAAUGGUCAGAGGCGUCAAUUGUUAAUUAUAUAUUACAAAGGCACUUAGGUGACAAAAUUAGUAAUUUUAAAUUAUAUACUUGUCCUGUACCAUAUGUUGCUCAUUUUCAGAAUUGGUUUAAAACGGUUGCAUCAAAAGGCGUAGAAGAUUUUCAAGUAGAGUUAGUUCAACCUUUCGCUUUUUGUCAAAUAAAUUCUGAUAUUUUCACUGAACCAACUCUUCGUGUCUUAAAAUUAGUUCGUUGUGAACUAUUUUUGUCACAAAAUUUGAGUGGUUUACAAUUCUUGAAAUCUCUUAGUCUAAGUAUGAUUCCUGUGUCACCUUCUUUUACUAAAAGGUUGUUUUCAAGCUGUUUGCUUCUUGAAUAUUUGGCUUUAGAGGGUUGUUGUUUGCUUGGUGAAAUUACCAUUGAGGGUUUGAAUAGGUUUAGUGCUCUUGUCCUUAAACAUAGCAUUGACUUAAUUUUGGUCACUAUUAAUACUCCAAGUAUUACCACACUUCAUUAUAGUGGUAAGAUUAAUAAAAUUAAGUUUGUGGAUCCAAUGGUCAUACGAUUAAAAGAUGUGAUUUUGGAUUUUGGUGCUACAAAAGGGCUUCAACAUAUAGCUGAUAGGGAUGAUUUGUUGCAAGUUUUGAGAGAUGUUGAGACUCUCUCAAUUACCAAUGCUUUUCUUGAGGGGCUUUCUACAAGAUUUGUGGAUUUUGAGUACAGAGAUGUGGAGUACUAUUUUCAGAAUUUGAAGGAACUCCAAUUGGUUAGACGUGGAUUGAGCUUUGUCAACCCUUGGGACAUUCUUUGUUUUGUCAAGAAUUGUCCCAACAUAGAGAGACUCUUUAUUGAUUUUGGUCUUUAUGCAAUGGAAGUUGGAAGCUAUUGGAAUAUGGUGGCAAAGGAAAAAUUUGAGAAAUGCCAAACAGAAUUCCCACAAUUGAAGUUAUUGAAGGUGAAGAGGUUUAAGAAACUUGAGCUUGAAGAAAAAUUGGUGAAAUAUUUCUUGUUGCAUGCUACGUCUCUGGAGUCUUUGAUUUUGUUGGAAGCAAAAAAUUAUCGUCAUGAAAUUAAACUGAGUGAUAUCAUUUAUUAUAAAACAGUUUCAAACGUAGCUACUGUUUCUACCUUUAGUGCUUAUCAAGAUCAAAGUCGUGUGUUUCCUAAGCAUACAGUCCUGCAGUGA